AAAAAAGAAAAGGGAGCAUCCCCAGGCCAUUGACACUCUAUCCGAAGAAAGAUCAAGAAGCAAGGCGUCACUUUUUCGGGAGAGUUGCCGGUCGUUCUGCGGAGUGUCGUGAGAUCCGCUCUUUCUCGGUCGAGUGUUGAACGAGAUGUGUCAAAAGCGCUGCCGAUUGUCUCCAAAGUGUCGUUCUUAAGUUGCAAAUUAUGAGCUGAGUGCCUCGCGGAUGUUGUCUUCCGCGCAAGUGGUACGACACUUAGCCUAGUCGAAAGAGAAGAGGAGGAGUUAGGCCUAGUCAAAAGAAAAGGAGUUAGGCCUAGUCGAAAGAGAAGAAGAGGAAUUAAAAAUGGUGUGUUUAAACUCUUGGAAAUUUCUUUUCCACUGUGCCGUUCUGACCGCGGUGGUCCUUGAAAGUGCCGCUGUCCAGAGAAGUGAGGAUCCCCACAGAGAUGGGGGAAGAGGAGAAGGUCUCGGACAAGGGGAACGAGACGGGAAGAAGAGGCAGCUUAGGCUGACGGCAGCAUCCUCAGACUCCGAGGAUCCCGACGCACAAUUCCACGAGGAACUGAGGGUAGCCAUGAGCAGCCACUGGGAAAUAUUGCAGAACAUCAGGUACCACACCUUGAUCAGCAAGAUGAAAGUGGCGCAGCUCGACGAAAAAAUGAAGAAGUUGGCGCAGCAGAUCGAAAGCAGAGAGAGUGAGAAAAGAAAGGGGUCCCCGAGAACUCCUUGUGACAAGGACCUGCAAGAAUCUGGAGAGGGAGGUGGUACCCCGAGAGGCGAACAAAAAGGCGAUGUGGCAACUCUCCUGGCAUCCCUCAAGGAGCUCUCCCAGUUCUACGAGAGUUUCAACUACACGACGGGGGUCUUCGACCAACCGGUAGGAAUCGACGGCGUCUACGAAAAGCUUCUGCAGUUGCUGGAAAAGAUGAAGGCCCUCGUGGAAAAGACUGACCCGAAAGAUCCAGGCAAGAGGCAGACCAGGAAGUCUACAAAUGACCUGACCAGCGUUCUGCUGACGACGACAGCUACGACCAGGAUGACAACAACGGCUGGGAAAACAAAAGCGAGGACUCCCGAGACUUCGGCGAGCAGUGAUCUCGGAGAUGAUUCUCUCUCGACUUACAACGUGACUGCACAGCCUUUUACCGCAGUGUCGCUUAAAUGUCAAAUGCCUGAAAGUCCUACAGCUGGAACGGUCGUCUGGACGAAAUCUAACCCCUAUGGCGGCUAUGAGAUCCUAACAGCAGCCCAUUAUAUUUACUCCACCGACUCGAGGUACAGUGUGACCUUUGACACAGGGGCAAGGACUUGGACCUUAACCAUCAAGGGCGUCACUUCAAAGGACGAAGGUCUCUACAGAUGUGAACUGAACUCCGUUUCUAAAAAUUUCUACUUGAUUGUGAGGGAAGACUUACUGCCGUCCAUUGACGUCGCUCAUACGAAGAAUGGUUCGGCUGUCAAAGGAACUAAGGCUAUGCUGAACUGUCGGGUUACGAAUGUGGGCCGUUAUGCUGUCUCGUGGAGAGGGACGGACCGCUACGGAAAUCAAGUCCUCCUGACCCACGGAGUCCUCCUGUACGCCAGCAACCCUCGAGUUGGCAUCAUCCACGAGGACGGAUCCUCGGACUGGACCCUUACAAUCGAUGACGUGCGCAAGUCUGACGAAGGCGUCUACGUUUGCGAGGUGAACUCGAUCCCUUCUCGCUUCCAGGAUGUGUCACUGAGUGUCAUAGAGAAGGAUUCAGUCUCACAGUCAACUGCCUCUGAAGCGGUUAACGCAACAGUUUACGGCGGAUCUUCACACACAUUCAACUGCACAGUUACCCCUCUGCGUAACACCAAGAUCUUCUGGGUUCGUGAAAGGGACCAGCAGGUUUUCACAUCGGCUGAGAAAUCGUGGUCCCCUCACGAGAGGAUCUUUGUGGCUCAGGACUCGGAAUUCACGUCUCUGCUCACUGUACUCAACGCAAAGGCCUCCGAUGAAGGGGUGUACAGAUGCUACAGAGACUCGAACCCGAGCCCGACUCCAGUCAUUUCAGAGCUCGCCCUGACUGCCUAUCUCACUGUAGAUAUGAGACCUUUCAUCACAAUGGACACUGGUAGCAGCGUUUCCUCUGAAGAAGGCACGACGGCUUCGUUGCACUGCAAAGUCAGCAAUUUGGGAAACUACACGGUCGGCUGGAUCAGGCUGGACCCGAGCAGCAGCACGUACAUUCUGACCUUAGGUCACGUGCCAAUUAUAUUCGACCGUCGCCUCAACGUCGUGUUCGACCCGGCCACGAACGACUGGAUACUGACGAUCAACGACGUCGCGCCUGCUGACGAAGGCGUCUACCAGUGCCAGAUCAACACGAACCCCACAGUGUUCCACUCCGUCACGCUUCAUGUGAUCAAAUCGGAAGCCGUAACAACGUCGUCGUCUGUUGACGGAAGGUUCGCGGCGGAGGAAGGGGAAACGGCUCUUCUUCCCUGUCACGUUCAGAACCUCGGAGAUGCUUCGGUCACUUGGUUAAGGGUGUCAGACCAGCAGGUUCUUACGGCUGGGGAAUACACUCUUUCGCCCGACCUCCGUUUCAAGGCCCACACCAACGACUACGAGAACUGGUUCCUCCAGAUCACCGAUGUGAGACAGGACGACGAAGGAGAAUACUUGUGCCAGGCUUCGACAAACCCCAUCACCAGCUUGAGGUUCUGGCUGGACGUCGGCGGUAAAGGUCAGUCUUCUGAUCUCACCACCGCCCCAAAGGAUGAUGCACCGACCAGCACUUCGACCACUGAGGGUCCAUCUUGCCUUUCGCCAUUUGAGCAUGUGUCUGACGGCGACCUUUGUAUUCUAAGGGUUACGCAGCAGAAGCUAAGUUGGGUGGAUGCUUCCGAGUACUGCAAGUCUCAAGGGGCAGAGUUAGCCCUGGAUCCGCAUGGCGCGAUUCAGUCAUUUCUGGACCAGAAACAUGGCGAAGAAGGAGAAAAUUCCCACGAAACUUCAACAGGGACAAUAUGGCCGUUCUGGGUCGGUGCGAGGGAGGAGCAAAUCCACUAUGAGGAGCCUCAAUGGAGGUGGAUAGAUGGCAGUCUGGUUGAUCCCAACGUUUGGGCAUAUAACCACCCCAGGGCAUACGGCAAGAAAAAGGCCCCCCAGGGUUUGUGCAUGACUCUGUACGUGCAUGAAAGGUACGCAGCCAUGGCGCUCCCCUGCCAUUACAAGAGGCGUUUCAUCUGUUUCAGGCAGCAGUAGUAUCUGUGGCUACGUCAUCUCUCUCCCGUUAUGCCUUGGCUUUGUUACCGUUAUCCUCGGAAUUUGCAUUUCUUUAUAUUAUUUUUCAUUCACAAUCAUGGUAUAUUAUCUAUCGAUUUUCCAGUGUGUCAAAUGGAUUACGUAUUAUUAGCAUCAUAGGUUAAGACAUAACACAUGUAGAUUCACAUUUUUCAGCGAAAUAGAAUAUUGUAAACAA